AUGAUCUCCUUGCCACCUCUUACCUCUGAUAUUAAUGUCAAUGUCAACACUUCUGCUUCAAAGGCUGCGUCGGUCCGUCGUCCUGUCGAGCCAGUGGGUAGAUUCUUCAUGCACCACGCCCAGAGAACUUUGAGAAACCACACUUGGUCCGAGUUCGAAAAAAUCCAGGCCAGUCAAAACGUACAGAGAGUUGACGAGUCUGUAGACCCAGAUGAGGAAUUGUUGGACGAUGAGCUGGCCGACGAAAGCCUCUUGGAGCACGACCCUAGAGACUGGAAGACUGCAGACCUUUAUGCGGCAAUGGGUCUAUCUAAGCUUCGUCACAAGGCCACCGACGCCCAGGUCAUCAAGGCCCACAGAAAGCAAGUGCUGAAGCACCACCCAGACAAGAAGUCUGCGUCUGGCGGUUUGGAGCAAGAUGGGUUCUUCAAGAUCAUCCAGAAGGCGUACGAAACCUUGACUGACCCUACCAAGAGAAAGCAGUACGACUCUUGUGAUUACAACGCGGAUGUUGAGCCACCUAAGAAGGGCAGCAAAUACGACUUUUUCGAAGCCUGGGGUCCUGUUUUCGAGGCUGAGUCUCGUUUCUCCAAAAAGCAGCCUGUUGUCCUUUUGGGCGGCCCAGACGCGUCCAAGGCCGACGUCGAAAAGUUCUACAAUUUCUGGCAUAGAUUUGACUCUUGGAGAACUUUCGAGUUCGCCGACGAGGAAGUUCCAGAUGACUCCUCUAACAGAGACCACAAGCGUUACAUUGAGAGAAAGAACAAGGCUGCCAGAGACAAAAAGAAGACCGCAGACAACGCCCGCCUUGCUAAGCUGGUAGAGAGGGCUAGCAACGAGGACCCACGUAUCAAGCAGUUCAAGGAGGCCGAGAAGAAGGAGAAGGAGAAGAAAAAAUGGGAAAGAGAGGCCGGCGCUAGAGCCGAGGCCGAAGCGAAGGCUAAGGCUGAGGCUGAGGCCAAGGCCAAGGCUGAGGCUGAGGCUGCUGCUGCUGCCGGCGCCAAGGUUGACAAGAAAAAGGCCAAGGAAGCUGCUAAAGCUGCCAAGAAGAAGAACAAGAGAGCCGUUCGUAACGCGCCCAAGGACGCUGAUUACUUUGGCGACGCUGAGAAGGCCGCUGCCAUUGACGAACAAACUGGCCUCAUUGUCGACAGCGUCGACGACGAACAACUGGUUCAGCUCGCGGAGAAGGUCAAGGCUGACGCGAAAGCGGGUUUGGCUGAGUUUGCUAAGGUCUUGUCUGACUCUGGCAAAUUGCCUGCUUCUCUGCUCUCUUACUUCCUUUAA